AUGGGCGGGGAGAUCCUCCCGUCCUUGCUGCUCCCGGGUAGCGGCACAGCCCAAACCUCCCUCAACUCUCCUUCUUCGCCCUCUGCCAUUCAGCGACAGCCAGGACAGCCCCAGCCUGUGACCCGCGUCCAUCGCUGCCGUGGGCCGUGGCUGCGGUGGGGACACCUCCCGGCUGGAGAUCGCGGCUCACCGGGGACCGAUUUGUGCCGGGACAGCGGCCCCGCACCGGCCCGGGCCGCGCGCGAGCAGCGAGCGCCCUUCAGCGCCGGGCGCGCGGCGGGGGGCGGGGCGGGGCCGCCGGCGCGGCGCGGUGCUGCCCCCUGGCGGCGGGAGCGGGCCCGGCACCGCAGCCCCGGCCCGGCGCGGCCGCUCCGCCUUCCCUUGUCCCGGUGUAACCUCAGACCCCGCCCGCCUCACCUUCCCUUGUCCCGGUAUAACCCCGGACCCCGGCCGCUCCGCCUUCCCUUGUCCCGGUGUAACCCCGGACCCCGGCCGCCUCACCUUCCCUUGUCCCGGUGUAACCCCGGACCCCGGCCGCUCCACCUUCCCUUGUCCCGGUGUAACCUCAGACCCCGCCCGCCUCACCUUCCCUUGUCCCGGUGUAACCCCGGACCCCGCCCGCCUCACCUUCCCUUGUCCCCGUGUAACCCCGGACCCCGGCCGCUCCAACUUCCCCUGUCCCGGUGUAACCCCGGACCCCGCCCCCCUCACCUUCCCUUGUCCCCGUGUAACCCCGGACCCCACCCGCUCCACCUUCCAUUGUCCCGGUGUAACCCCGGACCCCGCCCGCCUCACCUUCCCUUGUCCCGGUGUAACCCCGGGCCCCUCCCUGCCCCAUCCCGGGUGGAGGAGAAUCGGGAAGGGAAAAGGUAA